UCUAAGAUUCAUUUAGAUUUUGUUAAAAUUUGAGCUGAGCUGAUUCUUGUCUGCAGCAAAGAAAGGUUCUUGGUGACAGUUGAAGAGAUUAUCUGAUUUUAUAUUUGCAUUAACGUUGGAUUGAUUUCUGUUCAUUUCUAUUUCAGGUUCCUGAAAACCAUUUCUCUGCAGUAGUUCCUGAUAGCUCGGUAAGCAGCACGAUGACUGUUGGGAACCUAAAGCUCGGGGUAGAUGUUGUGAGUGCUCAUAACCUUUUGCCCAAAGACGGGCAGGGUUCUUCUAGUGCUUUCGUAGAACUUUGCUUUGAUGGCCAGAGAUACCGGUCCACAAUCAAAGAGAAAGAUCUUAGUCCCGUGUGGAAUGAGACUUUCUACUUCAACAUAUCUGAUCCUGCCAUCCUCCACUCUCUGGUUCUUGAUGCUUACGUCUAUAACAAUGUCAGAGGCAUCCAGUCUAGAACCUUCCUUGGAAAGGUUACCAUCAAUGGGACUUCCUUUGUACCCUACCCUGAUGCAGUUGUCUUGCAUUACCCUCUGGAGAAGCGUGGUAUUUUCUCACGUGUUAGGGGAGAGCUCGGGCUCAAAGUUUACAUCACGGACGAUCCAUCAAUAAAGUCAUCCGUCCCUGUUUCCAUGGCUGAGGAAUCCCAUUUGUUGUCAGAAUCAGGUCACAGACCGAUAUCAAGCUUGGGCCAUCAUCACGCGAAGCAUGAGGCGGCAAGGCAUACGUUCCACAGUAUCCCAAAACACGUUGACACUGAAGAGCAUACCUCUCUAACCGAAGAGCCUCAUCACGUUACAAAGUACAUGGGUGAUGAGAUGAAGGCUCCUGAACCAAUACCUCCGAAGCUUGUACACAUGCACUCGGUAUCAUCAACACAACCUGUUGAUUUUGCUCUAAAGGAGACGAGCCCUUUCCUUGGCGGGGGAAGGGUUGUCGGGGGAAGGGUUAUCCGAACUGACAGGGCAGCCGUAGGCACCUAUGAUCUUGUUGAGAAAAUGCAUUUUCUGUUUGUAAGAGUUGUGAAGGCACGUGAGCUUCCUGCCAUGGACGUCACUGGAAGCCUAGAUCCCUUCGUGGAGGUGAGGAUCGGAAACUAUAAAGGAAUCACUAGGCACGUCGAGAAACAACAACAUCCUCUUUGGAAUGUAGUUUUUGCUUUCUCAAGGGAAAGGAUGCAAGCAUCUGUGCUAGAAGUUGUUGUUAAGGAUAAAGAUCUCUUAAAAGAUGAUUUUGUUGGUUUGGUUCGGUUUGACCUUAAUGAAGUCCCAUUGCGAGUUCCACCUGACAGUCCCUUGGCUCCAGAGUGGUACCGUCUUGAAGACAAGAAGGGCGAGAAGAUAAAGGGUGAGCUGAUGCUUGCAGUCUGGAUCGGCACUCAAGCGGAUGAGGCCUUCCCAGAUGCAUGGCACUCUGAUGCAACUACACCCAUUGACAGCUCAGCUGCUGCAUCAGCUCUUAUACGCUCCAAAGUCUAUCACGCACCACGCUUGUGGUAUGUUCGUGUUAAUGUCGUUGAAGCCCAGGACUUAGUGCCAACGGAGAGGAACCGGUUCCCUGAUGUCUAUGUAAAGGCACACAUAGGAAGCCAGGUCAUGAGAACGAAACCAACUCAGGCUCGGAAUUUCAACCCUGUGUGGAAUGAAGAUCUGUUUUUUGUAGCUGCUGAGCCUUUCGAAGACCAUCUAGUUCUCACGGUCGAGGAUAGAGUGGCUCCCGGAAAAGAUGAGAUCAUCGGGAGGGUUAUCAUCCCGUUGAAUAUGGUCGAGAAGCGUGCUGAUGAUCGCAUCAUUCACUCUCGUUGGUUCAACUUAGAAAAGCCAGUUCUUGUGGAUGUUGAUCAGUUGAAGAAGGACAAGUUCUCAAGCAGGCUUCACCUACGCGUAUGCUUAGAUGGAGGCUACCACGUCCUAGAUGAAUCGACUCACUAUAGCAGCGACCUCCGCCCCACGGCCAAACAGCUCUGGAAACCACCAAUAGGUGUUCUAGAGCUUGGCAUCUUGAACGCUGUUGGACUUCAUCCGAUGAAAACACGGGAUGGGAAGGGCACAUCAGACACGUACUGUGUGGCCAAAUACGGCCACAAGUGGGUCCGGACUCGUACCAUUGUGGACAACCUGUUUCCCAAGUACAACGAGCAAUACACUUGGGAGGUCUUUGAUCCAGCCACAGUCCUAACGGUUGGUGUUCUAGACAACAGCCAGCUAGGUGAAAAGGGCUCAAACGGCCACAAGGACCUAAAGAUCGGGAAGGUCCGGAUACGAGUCUCCACCCUCGAAACAGGAAGAGUUUACACACAUUCUUAUCCACUGCUGGUCCUACACCCUGCCGGUGUCAAGAAGAUGGGGGAACUGCAUCUGGCAUUGCGUUUCACGUGCACGUCUUUCGCGAACAUGCUCUACAUCUAUUCAAGGCCUCUCCUCCCUAAAAUGCAUUACAUCCGGCCGUUCAGCGUGAUCCAGCUGGACAUGUUGAGGCACCAGGCUGUCAACAUAGUGGCAACGAGGCUAGGCCGGGCUGAGCCACCCUUGAGAAGGGAAGUAGUGGAGUAUAUGUCCGAUGUGGACUCACACUUGUGGAGCAUGCGGAGGAGCAAGGCGAACUUCUUUCGCCUGAUGUCCGUCUUCAAUGGGCUAUUCGCUGUCGGGAGAUGGUCCGGAGAUAUAUGCAUGUGGAAGAACCCUGUGACAACUGUGCUUGUCCAUGUGCUGUAUCUCAUGCUUGUUUCCUUCCCUGAGCUGAUCCUACCAACUGUUUUCCUCUACAUGUUUCUGAUAGGGAUAUGGAACUUCAGAUACCGGCCGAGGUAUCCGCCCCACAUGAACACGAAGCUCUCGCAAGCAGAGGCAGUGCACCCGGACGAGCUUGACGAGGAGUUUGACACGUUUCCCACGAGCCGCAACCCGGACUUGGUGAGGAUGAGGUAUGACCGGCUGCGGAGCGUGGCUGGACGGAUCCAAACAGUUGUUGGGGACAUUGCAACGCAGGGCGAACGCCUCCACUCGCUGCUGAGCUGGAGGGACCCUCGUGCCACGGCCAUCUUUGUCACCUUCUGUCUCGUCUCAGCCGUGGUGCUGUAUGUCACACCGUUCCAGCUUAUCGCUGCUCUGGCGGGGAUGUACAUGAUGAGGCACCCGAGGUUCCGGUACCGCCUCCCGUCACUGCCCGUCAACUUCUUCCGGCGUCUUCCAGCGAGGACGGAUAGCAUGUUGUAGUUCCUUUUGCAUAAUCAUGAAUUGUGUUGUUGUCUACUCCAUUUACUACUCCUACUAUAUUUGUAAAACUAAUUUUCGUGGUGCGAGGUUAUUACAUUAGCACCUUGAAUUGUGAAAUGUAUUUGGUUAAAUUAA